AUGACAGCUCACGUCCUGCAAACUACAAAUACCCAACAAACUACAAGUGAGAAAAGUGGUGUUCAAACAGCUCAUACACCUUAUCCCCACACCCUAACCUUUGAGAACUUUGUAAAACGUCAUGUACCGGCAUUGAAAGACGCAGCUCGAAAAGGCGAGCCACUGCCGUUUCCUUCUAGAGCACGCUUUAUGGGCACCUUGAAACUGCAUGGUUAUAACGCCACAAUCGUGAGUAAACCUUCCGCUCUUGCCCCGAUAUUCAGGCAGAAUGAUACACACAACCCGACUUUCCAAUCCAGGAACAGGGUCGUAACCUCCCAAGACAAAGGCCCCAUACCGUCUCAGCUCUCGAAUCGUCCACUCCACUUGCUCGUCGAGGCUGCUAUGAGGAUCUACACUUCGUCAGCAUCCCUGCCUGCCGAUACCCCGUUUUCGGAGGUUAUGAUUGCAGGGGAGGUUGCCGGGCGUGAUAUCUACCGAAAUGUGGCCAUAAACAGGAUCCCAAGGUUCUUUUGCAUAUUUAAUAUCAGGAUUGAUGGGGUGUGGGUUGAUAUGCGCCGAUACGCCGAUGUAUGUCUACCCGAGGAGCGUAUCUUUAACAUUAUGAAUUGGAAGAUAUGGGAUGUGGUGAUCGAUUUCUUCGAGGACACGACGGCUGUUUCCGAGUGGCUUUACGAGAUCACGGCAGAAGUUGAGAAGAAGUGCCCCUUUGCCGCAUCAUUUGCAGACUCGGCGGGGAAAAAGAUAUCAGGAACUGGCGAAGGUUUAGUGUGGACGAUGAUUCCAUUCGAGGGCGAGGAUUGGCCGCCGAAUAGGACCAUGUUGUGGAACUUCAAGACAAAGGGAGAAAGGUUUGAGGUAGUUAGCAGAAUUAAACCGACCCCACCGAAAGACCCCGAUGCAUUGAAACUCGCAAGUGUGUUUAUCGAUCAUGCGAUCACGGAGGCACGGUUUGAACAGGGGGUUGAGUAUCUGAGAGAGAUGGAGCUCCUGGAGCAAGGAAAGGGUAGCACAAUGCAGUUUGUCAAGUGGAUAGAGAACGACGUGAUUGAGGAGGAGUGGGAGAAGAUGGUGGAGAUCGGAGCUGAAGAGAAGAAAGUGAGGGGUGUGAUUGGGACCCGGGCGCGGGAAUGGUUCUUUCGAUAUCUAGAUGAAGCCCAGGUGCGUGGAAGCGGGAACGGCUAUGCAGCCGGGAAAGUUGGUAGCGACGAGGAGACCGGCAGACGAUUAGGUCCAGCAAGUACAUAA